AAUCACUUACUAUUAUGGCUCAGUAGUUAAUGAUCUAUGGCUAAUUUUUUUAAGUCAUUGUUGCUUGUGAUGCGUUUUGCAGGAUCUGAUGUAGUCUCUUCUCAGCCAGAUGACAAUAGCCAAACACACGCUACAGAUUUUCUAAAGGGAAGUCACCGUGACAAAAACAGCUCAUAUGUCUAUUCUGAUUCGACUUCGCGUGGAGAUCAAGCAAAAACAAGCAAUUGUUGGUCUCAAACUUCUUUUUCGGCUCCUAACCCUCCUGGAAAUUUCAAUGGUGCUGUUACAUUUUGCAGUACAUUGCAGGAGGCUUUUCAUAAAUUUAUUGGCCAGUCAGUGAAGAUCUUCUGCUCAAGUCGAACGCUAACCACGGUUGUUGCAUGCGAGGCUGCUGAUCUUGCUGUGAAGAUGAUUUUGGAUGCAAUCGAACAAGUGAAAGGAAUUUAUGCUGUGACUGCUGAUCAUGGAAACGCAUUGGACAUGGUGAAGAGGGAUAAGUCUGAGAAGCCUGCUUUGGAUAAGGAAGGGAAGCUUCAGAUUCUAACAUCUCACACACUCGAGCCAGUGCCAAUUGCUAUUGGAGGUCCUGGCUUGACUCAAGGAGUGAGAUUCCGUAAAGAUCUGGAAAUACAGGGGCUUGCGAAUGUAGCUGCAACAGUGAUGAACCUCCAUGGAUUUGUGGCUCCCUCUGACUAUGAGCCCACUCUAAUUGAAGUAGUGGAGUAGAAGAAUUGAGAGCCUAAUCAGUUUUGAAUAGAGGGCUCAAACUCUCUAGUUAUCUUUUGUUAUUGCUUUCUAAUAAUAAGAGUUUACACAC